GGUUCCCACCCGGAUCACAAACCAAACGUUUCCUUUUACGUCACUUGGUUCCUCCAAGAUGGCGGCGCUCAGACAGCAGAAGUGACACUGAGACGACUUCAAGUUGUGAGGAUGAGAACGUUGCGCUUCCUGCUUUCUGCCCGACAUCUGAGCCCUCGGGCCAAAGGGAUUCCCGUGUUACAGACUCUCGGCCAUAAAGCUCAGAGACCGAUGACCUGCUCUCUCCACACAUCUCAGCCACCUGGGCCUCCCCAAACCACUUCCUCGGCCGGAUCAGUCGCUCCAUACGAGGAUGUGUUUAAGAAGGAGCAGAGGAACAAAUCCAACUUUGUUGAGGUGCUGGAUCUUUACUGCAAACGAGAUACGAGGAGGAGGGGACAUGUGGAGAUUAUAGAGACAGCUCUUAGGUGGAUGCCAGAGUUUGGGGUGGAAAAGGAUUUGGAGGUUUACAAUAAAUUGCUUGAUGUGUUCCCCAAGGAGAUUUUUAUCCCCCAGAAUUUCAUCCAGAGGAUGUUCAACCACUACCCACGGCAGCAGGAGUGCGCCAUAAGGGUGCUGGAGCAGAUGGAGCAUUACGGUAUCACACCCAACAAGCAGACAUGCUUUCUCCUGCUACAGAUAUUUGGAGACCGCAGCCACCCCAUAAAAAAAUACCAGCGUAUGAUGUACUGGUUCCCGCGCUUUAAAUACACCAACCCCUUCCCAGUUCCUGCUGAACUACCAGCUGAUCCAGUGGAGCUGUCCAGGAUGUGCCUGCACCGUAUUGCUGCCGACUUGGAUUCUAGGGUCGCCGUGUACCAGAUGCCCUACACAGAGAAAUGUGAUGAUGGCAAAGAACAGGAGCACUUGCACAUUGUUGGUAUUCAGUCUCCCAGUCAGGUCUCUCUCCUUGCUGCACAUGACCCAAGCACCCCUGUUUAUGUUGAAGGGCCCUUUCCGCUCUGGCUGAAGAAGACGUGUGUGUACUACUAUAUCCUGCGUGCUGACCCUGAUCCUAUGGAGAAUGAGGAGGAGAUAGACAAUGAAAGGAGCUUCUACUAUCCUCUGAGCUUGGACAUACAGCUGGACAGAGACCUGGGCGAUGACGACAGCUUUGAUGUUGAUGAUGUGGUGGAGGGACCUGUAUUUGCGAUGUGCAUGGCUGGUUCUGGAGAUGAGAGACUGCUGGGAAAAUGGAUUCGGGGGCUGCAGGAGACCAACCCCAUCUUAGGCCAGACCCCUGUCGUCUUUCGGUUAAAUUCAGGCCCCCAAGAGCUUAGUGUGCCACAGGAAAAGGAGGCCCAGCCAAAACAAGAGGUGGAGGAGGAGGAGAGAGAGCCAGAACGCCACAGAAUGGAGCAAUAACUGACGACAGAAGAAGGCAGAAGAAUAGGAAAUUCAGCACAAAGGGACUGAGAGACACAUGACUAGUACAGGGCAUUUUGGCCCCUGGUAUGCUAGCUGUAGCUUGUACUCCCCGGUCAGUGCUGGGCUUGUGUGACUAUAUGAUUCUAUUUAUUGUUACUCUAGUCUGGCCACCAAGAAUUCGAUUGGCACUACCAGGGCACAGAAUGUUUUACUGUGGAUUUUAAGCAUCUUUCUGGGCAAUAGCACAUGCUCCUCUAUAGUCAGUGUAGACUUGAGAAACUAAAACUGGGUUCAUCCUUCCAAAACGUGUAUCCGGGGGGUACAGACGAUUGAGCUGACGCGUCCUGCGGUUUAUAUAUCCCUGGAAGGUAAAAACCAUGUGGAAAUCUUUUGACUGUCAACAUGUUUUGGUUUUGCCCAUCCAGUUGUGUGUACUUAUAUCAGAUGAAAUAUAAAUAAGAGAGACCUUCAUAUGGUCCGUCCCAAAUAUUAUUGUCAGUAGGGGAUUCAAAUGCAUUUGAGGAAGCCUUGCAUCCACUUUGCAAUAGUGGUAUUUCCAAGUCUAAAUAUUUAUUGAUGAAUAAAUCAGAACAGUCACGGCCAAAAGCAUUAUGGAAUCUCCAGGGGUAACAUUUCAAUAAAGGUAAAUCUACCUGA